AUAUCACUUUUAUUCGACAUGUGGCGCCCCUUGUCCGUAAGCCAAGGGUCGGAUAAAGUCACCUAGCGUCGACCACGAGCACUAAUACGAGACUGACCAUGGCUGUGAAAACAAGACACGCGUAGCAAGCGACUUCGUUACUUCAUUUUCUUUUUCGGCGAAGGCAACAUGAAAGCCAAAGCGUAUAUGUAAGCACGCCACUUCAUUAAUCAGCUUUUCAAGAAAGGCAACAUGAAGGCCACAAAAUGCUCAAACGUGAGAGCGGUUCUGCUACCAUCAACAACGUUUCUGGCACUCUGCAUUUUCCUGCACGUAGGCGUACGUUUCUCCGACUGUUCGACCCCACCAACGAUAAAGCCGUUCUCCUUCGCAAAAGUAGCCAGCAAAGGCGACAAAAUCAGCAUCAUAUGCUUGGUAACUGAGGGUACGCCACCCUUUUCUUUCUCGUGGUCGAAAGACGGCAAAGAAAUACAGACGACGGAAAACGUGAAGGUGAAGACGGAGUCAGAUUACUCCCUGACGAUAAUCAGCUCCAUCGACGAGAGAAGCGCCGGUAACUACACCUGCAUCGUGAAGAACAUAUUCGGCUUUGACACCCACUCGGCCUACCUUGACGUCGAAGCUCCGCCCGUUUUCAAGAAAACAACGACCGACACAAACGUCGUUCAAGGCGGCAGCGUGGUCCUCAGCUGCCAAGCGACCGGGUCGCCAAAACCGACUGUGAAGUGGUCAAUGCCAUCAGGUGCUGCAGACGAGGAAGUCCUUUCUGCUGCUUCCGACUCCCGAAUACGGGUGUUCUCCAACGGCACGCUGCUCAUUGACAAAGUCACCACCGAGGAAGCUGGAAAGUACACGUGCAGAGCCCAGAACGGCAUCGGAUCAGUCAGCCACUCGCUGUACCUACACGUCCGGGGUAUGAACUUGAAACAUCGCGAACUCAGGAGCAAAUACCAUUUUCGCAAAUUCAACUGUACGUGGAACCGACCGGAGAAUCAUCUCGAUGACACUGUCUCACAUCCGGGAAGAAUUCCGCGUUUGGAAACUGAACAAACCAUAAAAAAUGCAUAUCGCGCCUAA